AGGAUAGAAGCCGUAGAGCCGGGUAAAGUCCACCCAGUAUCACUCAGAUGCAGAUUCAUAAUGAAAGAUUAACAUCACAAAAGCCUCUCUGCACUUGCACUCUGUAGAAUAAAGGAACCAGAAUUAAUCUGCCAGUGGGAUCUAUUCUUUCUUGUGUUUUCCAUCGGAGGUCUCCAUCAGGGACUGGGAGUGGCUGUUGUCUUUGUAAGAGCCGACUGGGGAAGCCCUCCGGUGAGCUGAGUUGCAGAGGAGAGGAGAGAGGCACUGUUCACACCCUGAGAUGCUCUGCAGGCUUGAGGAAGAAGAGGAGAUGUCUCUAAAGGAGCUACAGCAAAGGGUAGACUGUGUCAUCACCCAUGUUGAUGAGAUUAUGCAGCAGGAGAUUAGGCCAUUGGUGGCUGUAGACAUAACUGAACAACUUCAUAGGCAGUUUGCUCUUCUUUCAGGAGGCAGAGGAAGAGAUGGGGCGCCCAUCAUUACAUUCCCAGAGUUCUCAAGCUUUAAUGAUGUGUCAAAUGAGGAUUUUGUUAAUGUUGCUACAUACCUGACCAGCAUACCAAGUAUGGAUGCUGCCAGCAUCGGCUUUAUCAUCAUCCUGGACCGCAGAAAGGAUAAAUGGAACUCAGUAAUCACUUCUCUAACUCGAAUAACGGGGUCCUUCCCAGGAAAUCUACAGCUUGUGCUGGUUCUUAAACCUUCACGUCUCUUCCAGAGGGCUAUUGCUGAUGUCACUAUGCGGUUACAUCGAGAUGACUUUAAACUGAAGGUACCGAUUGUUAUGCUAAAUUCGCUGUCAGACUUGCAUGGCUACAUCGAUAAAAGCCAGCUGACCUGUGAUCUGGGCGGAACCCUGGACUAUUGCCACAGUCAAUGGAUCCAUCAUCGUACAACCAUUGAAAACUUUGCAUUAACAGUGAAGAGCACAGCACAGAUGCUGCAACAGUUUGGAACUGACCUGGCAGAAACCGAACUCCCCAAUGAUGAGCAGUGCACCAAAGAUUUGCUCAUCGCACACACAGAAAAACACAAUAAGCUCAAGGAAGAGUUAAAGUUAGCUGUGAAACAAGGAAAUACUCUGCUCUCUUGCAUCAAAGACCAGGCCAACAAAACUGAGAACCAUAUUCUAAACUCAGAUGAAACAGAGAACCAAACAACCGUUGAGAGGUUGCUAGCACAGCUCGAUGAGACAGAGAAUGCAUUUGAACAGUUCUGGUCAAGGCAUCACCUCAAGUUAGAGCAAUGCUUACAGUUACGUCACUUUGAGCAGGACUUCAGAGAGGUGAAAGUUUCUCUGGAUGGUAUGAUGGAGGCUCUACUGGGGCUGUCUGAUACUGGAGACUGUGUGGGUCAGAUGGAACACCUACUGGGGGAUCUGAAAACCCUGGAGGACAAAGCUCAGGAGUCCUUGGAGAAAGCUCAACUUCAUGCCCAGCACGGUGACCAGCUGAUCCAGAGUAACCACUAUGCUGUGGACUCCAUCCGCCCCAAGUGUAUCGAACUGCGUCGGAUUUGUGAUAACUUCAGCAAUGAAGCCAAAAAGAAACAGGAUAUUUUGACUAAAUCUCUUGAUAUCCAUAAGCGACUAGACGAGGUAAAUCAGUGGUGUGAGUCUGGAGUAUAUCUGCUGGCCUCUCAGGCUGUAGACAGAUGCCAGACACAGGAAGGCGCAGAAGCAGCACUGCAAGAUAUCGAAAAGUACAUUGAAUCAACCAAAGAGCAGCAAUUUAGUCACCUUAAAGACCUCAGCAACCAGUAUGAGAUUGUCCUCUCAGACCUAGACAUGAGCAAAGUUCAACAGGCUCUGAAAAGGCUAAACGACAUUCAAGAGAUGUUUGAGAAAAGACAUACAAGUCUGAAGAAGCUCUCCACUAAGCAAACCAGGCCAGUGCAACCUGUUGCACCUCGACCCGAGUCUUCACCAAAGCGGCCUUCAGCUAAAACCCCACAAUCCACCACACCUGCAUCAAAUCGCAAAAUCACAGAUAACUCCAGCACCAAUAAGCCGCCCAGUGAAGCAGAAUUGGCAAAGCGGAAAAAUAUUCGUAAAUCGAAAGGUGGCAUCAAGAUUGAGGUCAUGCAUGAAGAAAGUCAGGGAGGCACAAAUCAUGUUCUCAUGAACAAUGAAACAGAAGAGACCCUUUCAAACAGACGGAGUCACAUAAUGAAUGAGUUGAUUGAGACGGAGAGGCUGUACGUGGAAGAGCUACAGAGCAUCAUAGAGGGUUACGCCACAGCACUGGAUGAUCCUGAAUUGAUCUAUUUGAUCCCACCAUCUCUGGAAAACAAGAAGGAUGUUCUCUUCGGCAAUCUGCCUGAAAUCUACCAGUUUCACCAGAAAAUAUUUCUAAAAGAGCUGGAAAACUGUACUGAAAAGCCAGAGUUGUUGGGGACGUGUUUUUUAAAGCGGAAGGAAGAGUUGCAGAUAUAUGAGAAAUACUGUCAAAAUAAGCCACGCUCUGAGGCGCUGUGGCGGCAAUGUGGAGACAGCUUGUUCUUUCAGGAGUGUCAGAAAAGGUUGGAUCAUAAGCUUUCGUUAGACGCGUACCUGCUAAAGCCUGUGCAGAGAAUCACCAAAUACCAGCUGAUGUUAAAGGAGAUGCUGAAAUGCAGUAAGAACUCAGAAGGUACAGCUGAGUUGGAGGAAGCUUUGGCCACCAUGCUGGACAUCAUCAAAUCAGUCAAUGACUCCAUGCAUCAGAUUGCCAUCACUGGCUUUGAGGGCAAUCUGAAUGAUCUGGGCAAGCUGCUCAUGCAAGGAUCCUUCAAUGUUUGGACAGACCAUAAGAAGGGUCACAGUAAAGUGAAGGACUUGGCCCGCUUUAAACCCAUGCAGAGGCACCUGUUUCUCUACAACAAAAUGCUUUUGUUCUGCAAGAAGCGUGAGGAGACAUCUGACGGUCAUGAGAAAUCCCCCUCCUACAGCUUCAAGCACUCAUUAAAGAUGAGUUCGGUGGGAAUCACAGAAAAUGUAAAGGGAGACAUCAAGAAGUUUGAAAUCUGGUACAAUGGCAGAGAGGAAGUCUACAUCAUCCAGGCCUCCUCUAUGGAUGUGAAGAACACGUGGGUGUCAGAGAUCCGUAAAGUCUUAACAAGCCAGCUGGAGGCUUGCCGAGAAGCCAGUCAACUUCAUCAAAAGAUUACAGAGAGCAUUUACCAUGCCCCCAUGAGAAAUGUGCGCAAAACAGCUCUUCGGCAGUCUGACUCUUCCAGUCCCGAAACGGGCUACAAGCGGGCUGACACAGGCACAAAUCUGCGGCACAAACGAGAAUCUGCAACCAAGGAAACAGAGGUCACACGGCGCUUUUCUUUAGCCUCAUCAAUCAGCUCUGCCUCUGCUCCACGCACUAAAGUUCCUCUCUCCUCUAGCCUUAAGAGCAAGAGGCAUCAAAUCAAGAGUGAUCCCACACCAUUUGGUUGUGAAGACACCAUGCGUGGUACACUGCCUGCUGAGUGCAAAAGUAAAGGUACUGCUGGUACCAAGCCUGCUGUGCCGAGAUCUGCUUCUCAACCAGGAUGGAGUCAACGGCGUUUGCCCUCAAUGGAUGCUGAAGACUUUGAGACUAUUCCAUCCAGUGCUGAAGAGCUCUCCAACUCCUCAGAUGGAGAGGAUGAUGGCCAUAACAAAAACGGGGAGCAUGAUCGCUAUCAGGUGCAACUUACAUACGAGUCGGGAACUGCUCAGGAUAUCUCUGUGGAGGCGGGCAAUUUAGUGCAAUUUCUGGAGGAUUCAGAGAAUACCCAUUGGCUAGUCAAGAACCUUAGAACUUGGAAGACAGGUCUGGUUCCACCCACUGUCCUGCAGUCCACAGCAGAGGGAGUAGACCUUUACAGUAACUCUGACAUUUUUAGUGACCUCUGCAUGGCUGCCCUCACCGAUACAGAGGAGGUAGUAGACAGCUCAGAUCCCAUUCAGGACAGCAGAACUGCAUGCUGAACGUGUUGCGAUGUGUCUUUGCUUCCCUUCGUGCCAUACUUGUAUACAUCAAUACCCCUGAAACGUUUGUGAUACUGCACAGAAAUCUACUCCGGUGGAGGAAUGGAUGAACUUUGUUGCUAUAUGACCACUCUGAAGACCCAUCAGGACCGGUUCCAGUCAUUUCUGGCAUUCUGCACAAAGUCCUUCUCCGGUGCUGAUGGGACAUUGACAACAUUCUGCAGUCAUGAGUCAUAAAUUCAGCAUGCAACCUUUGUGCUUUCAGUCUGCUGUGCCUUAGCAGCCAAUGCAGCGGUAUUUUAAAAUAAAUGUUUAAUGGCAAAGGUCUAUAAGGUCUAUAUUACCUGGAGAAUGAUGGUAGUUAUUUGAAAUUUGUCAUCUUUGCACAUGGGCACUCAGUUGCCUAUUUAGGUGUUUUUGAGGCAAUAACCUGAGUGGUGAAUGCUAUGUGAUUAUUGACUAAUCAAUCUAGCGUUGCAGAGAAAUUACAUCAUGACAUUGCUGAUUGGCCAAUGGCACCAUAAGAACACACACAGUCCCAUGUCCUUCUCCAGUGUCUAACCUGAGCUGUUCGGGAACUGGCAAGACAUCUACUCUAAUAUAAUGUAACAAGUGCGAUUUAUAUGUUGCUUGCAGAAAAAUUAUUUUGCAGAAUAUACAGUGUCUCUUGAAUGACUUUCAAAGGAGAAGGAUUAUUUUUGGGCCUAACUGGACCAUACUAACCAGCCAAACCUGGAUCCCUUGGCUUGAACACAGAGGUGGAUAUUUUAAAAUACAGAGACAAAGACUCUCUAGACAUUUUCGUCCUGCUGAAGCUUCCAAAUGAAUGCUUAAACACUCCUAAUUGUUUAGUUGUUUACUGCUUGUUGAUUAUGAGACUGUUGGUCAGAAACACAGCACUUUUAAAGAACAAAUAUUAUCUUAUGUAAUGUAUAAUAUUUAUACUCUCUUUUAUAUUUUGACAAGAAUGUUGUAUAAGCCAUCUGUAAAGCAUCAUCCCUCUUUGCUAUUUGUAAAGCUGAAUAUCUUUAAUUCUCAUCCAAUAUUUGCCCACAGUAGGUCUGUACUUGAUAUAUAUCUUUCAAGGUCUGGUUAUACAGUAUAUUAAUAAUCUCAAACAAUUCAAUUUGUGUGUGUGUGUGUGUGUGUGUGUGUGUGUGUGUGUGUGUGUGUGUGUGCGUGUGUGUGUGUGCGUGUGUGUGUGUCUGCGUGUGUGUGUGUGCGUGUGCCAAAUGAUCAUUGUAGCAGAAUUAUUCCCUGUACUGUAAAAGCAUUCAAUACUGUUAUUUUACAGUGUUGCUCCUGCAUAUUGCAAUUUGCUGUUUGUUACAGAAUCCCAUACAGAAAUCAAAUGUACUGUAUCCUUCCAGCUAUAUGACAUGAAAAACUGGACAACAGUUUAACAGUGAAUGUACAGUAUUCAUUUUGCCAAAUAUUGUGUCUCAUAAUAUUACUAAAUAUACACUUAUACAACAGCAACUUGAUUGGUCAGACUGUAGUUUAAUUACUUUAAUUACAUACAUCAACCUGAUGUCAUUGUUUGAUUCGUUUCUAUAUUUGUUUUUUAAUGUCAAUUUCUAAGCACAAAGAUUUCAUGUUGAAUGCCAGUGUGAUUAUUGCUAAUACUUUUGUGUAAAAUUACUUUGUUCAUACAUAUGUGCAUAUAUUGCUUUUUACUGCUUCCAUAUGAACAAUAUUACAACAAAAGUGAAUAUGUAUUACAAGUCUGAACAUUUUCAAACAAAUAAUGAAA